AGAUGCCGUCAACCUCCGCCGGGCCGGAGCCGCCUUCCGCCCCACGCGGAGUCCUGGCGGAAGGAAUUCGUCGGGUGGCCGAAGGCUUCUCACGGUUCCGUGGAGGUCGCAUCGGUCCAGAUAGGCUCUGGAUAUGUAACAACUGCAUGGAGAAGAUCAGGUGCUUUAACGAUGUUUCACUACGACUUUCAAGUGUGUUUUCUUCAAGUGUUGAGGUAAUUCAUUUCAAAGUUGGUGUUCUUUUUGGCUAUCAAGUUGGUGUUCUUUUUGGCUAUGAAAUGCUGUGACCGGGCAGAUUCAAAGCUCCAACAGAGUUGGUCAGUUGGUCAAUGUUUUGCUUUUCCAGGCAGUACAAGGUUGGAACGAGAGCAGACCAUGACAUGGAACAGUUCUAUCAGGUGACCUCGGAGCCCUUCAUGGCUUAAGAAACCCCUAGGCAACUAGAGCCGGGCGACUGCGAGCCCCCCCAUGGAAGUUGGCGAAUGGACUCGGCUGGAAUGCAAAGGUGAGCUGCUACCUGCUCGAUGGUUGCACUCCUGCAUUCUCUGGGGGGAUGAACUGGUGAUCUUCGGAGGUAAGGGCGACAGCUACAUGGGAGACCUCUGGAGCUUGGAUCUAAAAACUCAAAUCUGGAAGCAGCUGAAGCCCAAGGGCCACCCCCCAACGCCUCGCUACGGCCACUCGGCCAUCCUGUGGAACUCCGGCAUGAUCCUCUUCGGGGGAUACGACGGUGGUCGUUGGCUCUCCGACACGUUCCACUUGGAUCUGCGGUCGUUGGAGUGGUCUGAAAAGGUCCCGACCGGCGAGGUGCCUAAAGGACGGGACGAGCAUUCAGCGGUGCUUUGGGGCGAUGCGAUGUUGAUGUUUGGUGGAACUGGCGGAGGAGGAGGAAAGUUCUUGAACGAUACCUGGACGUGGAACCUCCGCUCUGGAUUGUGGCAACAGCUGGUCCCUAAGGGUGACAUGCCAGCGGGAAGAUGUGCCCACUCUGCAGUGCUGUGCAACGACCGCAUGGCGGUCUUCGGUGGACUUGGCAGCGCACUCACCGUCCUUAACGACGUGUGGAUGUUCAGUCUAGAAACCCAUCGAUGGGAGCGCUUCAACUGCGAGGGCCACGUGCCGGAGGGACGCUGCAGACAUUGCGCCGUGAUGUGCGAUGACCACAUGGUGGUCUUUGGUGGAGCUGGCCGCAAAAACCACUUCGACACGUGUAGUUUGCACCUAAGAACCGGAGCCUGGACUCUCCAUCAAGACAAAGCUGACCAUCCACCCGGCCAUCGCUUGCACACAGCAGUCCUUUGGAAAGACAAUCUGGUCACCUUUGGUGGUGUGGACGCCUCUGGCAAUGGUCAGCACAGCACCUGGAGCCGGGAGUUCAUCGCCACGUCCGCCGAAGCCAUGUUCGCAACCGCCGUCACCCCGCCGUCGCCCACGUCCUCUCUGCGCCACUGCGGCAGCUCGCUGGGACGCGAGGCGCUGCCUCCGACGCCGCGACAGGACACGGAGAUCCUGGCGGCCAUGCGUGGUGUGGACCUCGCCGAGGUGCUCGAGGCCUGCGCGGCGAUGGCGGCGCUACCGGAGAACGCCGGGGUUCAAAAAUGGGGCUGUAUCAAGCUGACACACUGCACAGACCACGAGACGCUGGCAGCUGAUGCGCUGCAGCUCGUGGUGGCAGCGCUCAGGACGCAUUGGACCAAUCCGCAGGUUCAAGACUGGGCUUCCCGGGCUUUGGCGACUUUAUGCUCCGGCAUGGACCGCGCCUCUUGCGCGCGGAAGGAGGAGGCCGUGGCCGAGGGAGCCCUGGAGGCUCUGGUGAAGUCCGCCCGGUCUAAAGAAGUGACCGUCAAGCGCUCCGCCAUCGGCGCCUUGGGCACAUUGUGCUGCGGUGAAGACGUGGGUCGUCCGCAGCGGGUGAUGCGAGCGCUGGAAGCUCAAGCACUAGAGAUCCUGCAGCAGACGCUGAAGACGGACGACUCCUCCAGGACGAAUCGCGGCCAGCGGUCCGAAGACCACGGCGGUCCACGGUCGAGGCGGAGACGCAGAAGUGGUCCUCCGGUGUUGGGGCACGGACGGACCAUCCGGAAGGUCUUCGCUGCUCUGGCGCAGUUGAUGGAAGCCGCUCCCGAAGAGGUCUCCAGUGGCGAGACGCUGGAGUUGGUCGAGAAAGCGAUGGCCGUUCGACAUGACAACCUGGAGAUUCAACAGGUUGGUCGUCACAUCCAACAGGUGGCCGUGCCGCGUGACUGCGCCAAAGAGAAGCCCAGCUAUUGGUCUGGGCGAGCGACAGACGCGUCGGGCUGGAGCGUUUGCCCCGUGACGGAUGCGACCACGUUGAAUGCGCUGAGAAAGAUGUUCCUCGUGGACCACCCCGAGGACCUCGGUAAGGGCAGGGAUGCAGACAAGUAUUCCUGGGAAUACGAUAACCUGCAGAUCCACUACGCCUGGCGUGUGGAGCAUGAAGAUUGCUGGGACCUCUAUGCCAUUGAAAGAGCAAAGACUCAAAAAAUGCUCAGACGUCUUCGGCAGCAGGGCGUGCCCAUAUCACCA